AUGGAUGUUGUGGCUGGGACAGACGAGGGAAACCAAACCAGAGUGCAGGAGUUCAUCCUCAAAGGCUUUCCUGGCACAUGGUCCUUCCGGAUGUCCCUGGCGGUGCUGUUUUCUGUGAUAUAUGUCCUGACCAUCGUAGGGAACACGUCCAUCAUCGCCUUGGUGAGAAUCCAUCCCCAGCUCCACACCCCAAUGUACUUCUUCCUCUGCAAUCUCUCUUUCCUGGAGGUCUGGUACACCACUGCCUGUGUCCCCAAGGCUAUUGCUGUUGUGCUGGGCACAAGCCAAACCAUUUCGUUCACUGUCUGCCUUCUGCAGUUGUUUUUCCUCCUCUCCUUGGGUGCAACAGAAUGUUUCCUCCUGGCCGCCAUGGCCUACGACCGCUAUCUGGCCAUAUGCCACCCAUUGCGUUACAGCACCCUCAUGAGCAGCACCUUCUCUGCUCAGUUGGCCCUUGUCUCUUGGCUGGGUGGGUUCCUGGCUAUCUCCGUGCUGGCGGCUCUAAUAUCUAGGCUUUCUUUCUGUGGCCCUAAUGUCAUCAACCAUUUCAUCUGCAACAUAGAUUCCUGGAUCGUGCUCUCCUGCACCGACACGCGCCUCGUUGAGUUGGCCACUUUCAUCGACUCAUUCAUUGUGGUCAUGGUCUCAUGUGCAACAACCAUUGUCUCCUACGCUUUCAUCAUCUCUACCAUCUUGAGAAUCCCCUCAGCCCAAGGUUGGCAAAAGGCCUUUUCCACCUGCUCGGCCCACCUCACUGUCGUGACGCUCUGGUACGGCUCGGCCAUUUUUAUUUUUGUCAAGCCUUCAGCCCAGAGCUCAUUGGAUCUGAGCAAAACUGUCAACAUCUUUAACACGAUGGUAACACCGCUGUUAAACCCUUUCAUUUACACACUAAGGAACAAGGAGGUGAAGGCAGCAUUAGGAAAAACAGUCAGCGGAAUGUUAAGUGGUUUUAAAAAAGCCUCGAUUUAG